UCGAGCUUUUAGGCCACGGAGCCAUGGGGAUUGCCUUUUUAGGAGACACCUGAUCACGGCUCAACUCACCGCCGCCCAACACAAAGAAGCUGAAGCUGAUAACGUGAAGCUUUUGUGUGUGUCUGUAUGCCCACUCUUGGUGCAGAGGGUGUUUGUUUGAGACCACUAAUGGGGGCUUAUUGGAGUUGAGGGUGGGAAGGUCGUAGUGCAUGAAGCUGGAGAAGCAGAGGUUUGAGGUAGAACCAAAUCAAGAAGAAAGGCUAGGAGUCUUCCAGGAUAUUUGCCACCAUUAAUUUGUGAUUAAUUCAGGAAAGUACAGAUCUGCUUGUGUCAUCUGUGGCACUUUAAUUCAAGAGAUUUUUAUUUUAUUUCAUUUAUUUUUUGGUGAUCACCUGAGGGCUCCAGGGUAUCCUUGUUCCUCAUCUGAAGACAAACGCCCAGCAUCAUGGAGAAGUUUAAGGCUGGCAUGGUCCUGGGUGCUGUCGGGGAUGCCUUGGGUUACAGGAAGGGCCGCUGGGAAGGGUGCAUUUCAGGGAAGAAGAUCCAAGAAGAACUGGCAUCUCUGGGAGGUUUGGGGGCUCUGAAACUGGACCCUGAUAACUGGCCCCUAAGUGAUGCAGCACUGAUGCACAUGACCACAGCAGAGGCUCUUAUAACAGAUUACUGGUGUCUAGAGGACCUGUACCGGGAGCUGGUCCGUCUCUACGUUGAAGCCAUGGUGUCUCUGCAAGGCCGAGCCCCUGAUCCUGCCACAGUGGAGGGCUGUGUUCACCUCAAACCUCAUAACUUUCUGCUGGCCUGGCACACACCGUUCAAUGAGAAAGGGUCUGGAUUUGGGGCAGCUGCCAAAGCCAUGUGUGUGGGAAUGAGAUACUGGCAGCCGGAGAGAUUAGACAGCCUGGUGGAGGUCAGCAUCGAGACUGGACGAAUGACCCACAACCACCCCACAGGCUUCCUUGGCUCCCUCACAACAGCACUGUUUGCAUCCUAUGCGAUCCAGGGAAAACCCCCGGUGACGUGGGGCCGUGAGCUCCUGAAAGUCAUCCCAAAAGCUGAGGAGUACUGCAAGAAGACCAUCAGACACAUGGCAGAAUAUCAGGAAAACUGGUUCUACUUUGAGGCCAAGUGGCAGUUUUAUCUGGAGGAGAGGGAGAUAGAGCAGGAAGGACAGAACAAACCUUCAUUCCCUGAUCGCUAUGAUGCUGACGAGACAGAUAAGAUGUAUAAGCGUUGGAGUUCUGAAGGUCGUGCAGGCCGGAGAGGUCAUGACGCCCCUAUGAUCGCCUACGAUGCCCUUCUGGCGGCGGGAAAUGACUGGGCUGAACUGUGUAAACGAGCCAUGUUCCACGGAGGUGAGAGUGAAGCCACAGGCCUGAUUGCAGGAAGUCUCUACGGACUCAUGCAUGGUCUGAACCAGGUUCCUUCAGGACUGUACCAGGAUCUGGACAAAAGAGCACGUCUGGAGGAGCUGGGAGACGCACUUUACAAGGCAGCAUCUGCAGAGAAAUGCAUAGACAAGUAAUCCUGUUCACCACUGGCCUGAACCCUACUGGCUAUCAGAGGAACUGCACUGACUCUAAAACCGCUUCCCUCUGUCCCACACCACCCCCUAGUCCUCAGUGGUAGUACCUCAACAGUCUUAAGUGGCCUCAGUCCUCUCCUCACCUCUCGUUCCCUCCUUGGUUUUACAGUCCACUCUUCUCAGAUCUGCCAUAAACUGGAAACGUAGAAGCAGCUGUCACUGUAGCUGUGUGACUAAAACUAUUAAACUAGUGAAGAAUAUAAAACAGAAAGCAGCUUUCUUCUCUUAAACUAACCUUCAUUAACAUUUAGCUCAUAAUGCUUUAAAGAUAGUUUUAUUUGCCAUUUGUUCACAUUCAGGUACAUAGGAAUUAUUAUGCAGAGGUCUCUCAGAGUGCAAGUAUAGUGUUUCAGAGUAAAUCUGACGAAAGGCUUCUGCAAAAUUUUGUAAAAUGUUUGUUUCUGACGAAGCCCAAAGGAUUUUAACAUACAAUGCUCUCUUUAAUUUGAGCAUAUUUUGUUUCUAUCAAAAAA